AUGCCUCAAGAGAAUGGACACAAGUUGAAUCGGCAUUCGGCUCGAUCAGCACAUUCACGUGCUAGUUCUAAUAAUUAUGAAAAUAGUACUGAUAGAAUUCGACGAAAUCAAGAAAUUAAAGAACGUGGAUAUUAUUCCGAAUUAGCAACAGUUGAUCCUGAUUCAACAUUUGAAAUUGCUCGACAAGCACCAGCUGCACAUGAUGAUGUUUUACGAGAAACAUUUCGUAUGUCUAAUACAGCUCGAGCAAGUAUUUUUGAUUUGCAAGGAAUUGAUAUUGCACAAAUAUUGGCUAAUAGUAAAGAAGGAGAAUUUACUACUGAAUUUAAACGAAGUGAAGUAUAUUUGGAAAAAACAUUUGAACCAAAAGUAUUCAUGCCAUUUUAUACGGCACCUUAUACAUUACCAAGAAAAGUUGAAAUUGAACGACGAAAACGUCUCUAUCUUUCACUUGAUUUACCUACAUUACUCGAAGAACGAAAUAUUGAUACAAAUAAACUUAUGCCAAAAUAUGUACCAGCUGAUAAACCAGUUACAUUGAAUAUGCCAAAUGAAGAUCCAGCACCAUUUGAUCCAUUUUUACCAUUGUAUUAUUUUGAUGAUACUGAUUUUGAAAUUUGGACACCAGAAACAUGGCUUGCUUUAGGUCAUGAUCCAUUUACGGCUUUAAAUAAACCAUUACCGGGUAUUGCCCUUUUACCUGAUAAACCACAAUCGGAGAUUAAAGAUAUAAAAGAUAGUCAUUUAAAUUUUCAUUGGCAUAAUGUCAGUAUUCAUGAAUAUGAUGCUGAAAAACAAUUAUGGCUUGUAACACCUGAUAAUAGAGAACAUGAAGUAUUUGAUAUGUAUCGUCCAGCAAAACAAAGUCGUAAACAAAUGGAAGCUAUUGAAGGUGAACAGCCGGCAACGCCACAUUCAGCUACUAAUGGUCAUAAUCAUGAACAUCCAAGUGGUACUCAUGGUCGCUAUUGGAUACCUCGUAUACAAUUACAUUUUCUUGCUGAAGAUCCACGUAUAUUUGCUGAUCGAGUUACUAAAGCUUAUCUUGAUCGAAAACGUACUGAAGCUGAACUUCGUUCUACAUUAUUUAUUGAUUGUAUGCCAACUGAUGGUAUUGGUAAACUUGAUGAUGAACGUAUAAAGCGAAUGAUUGAAUUAACUAAAACUGGUGCUAUAUCAAAAACAGUUAAAGAUGAACUUGUUACACCAAUUGUUGAAGAAGUAAAUCUUGAUUAUGCUCGUACAAUGAAUACAAUGGUAUUUGAAGAAGUUACACAAUCAGAUCCAAUAUCAUUUGCAUUCAUAACAUUACCAAUAAAACAACGUCGACUUGUUCCACCUUCGGGUUGUAUUGGUAUACCUGAAUAUUCAUUUAAUGAUGUUUUUGAUCGAUUUAAAUUUAUUUCAUUAUUAACAUCAAAAUCAGCUAUUGAUGCAUUAAAACUUGUUCGAACUGAAUGUGAUUAUGUUAUUAAUAAUUUAAGUUUAUUACAAAAAAAUUUCCCAAAACAUGUUAAACUUGAUGAAUUUGAAAGUAUGCAAGUUAAUCAAACAUCAACAACACAUAUGUAUUUAACUGAUACAUGGAAAAAUAAUCUUCGUCAAGGUAUUAAAACACAAUUUAUCGAUGUUGGACGCGGAUGGUAUAAUAUAAAUGAAUCAGAUUUUCAUAUAUAUAAAGUAUCGAAAUUAAAAAAAUUUAUUGAACGUGUUAAAUUUAUGAUGCAAGAUACACUCAGAUUUCUCGUACAAGAAUCAUGUCAGAAUUAUGUUCGAAUGAUAACAGAUGCCUGUACACCUAUCUUACAUUUGAAAGAAGAUUUUAAAUGGCCUAAAGAUGAUUUAGCUAAUAGUCCAUAUAAACCACCGAAAAAUCCAUUAUUUCAUUUGGAUUUAACUAUUGAUCAAGUUGGUCCACGUUAUGUAACAUCUUAUGAAAAUUUUCCUAAUAUUAUCUUGGGAGCAUUUGAUCGAGCAAUUUUACAAACACAAGCUAUUCCACAAAUCGAAAAAGAUGUUAUGGAAAAUAUUUUUUGGGGUGGUGAAAUGUUACGAUUAGAAUCAGUUGCUUUACAAGAAAAGAAAGUUAUUGAAUGGAGAGAAACAUUACAAAAAGCUGUUCAUGCUUCACUUAUACCUUUAAAAGCUUAUGCUGAAGCGUAUGAAAUAUAUGUACCACUAAUGAAUCUUAAUAUUGAUCAUUAUACAAAAGAUUUUGAAAAAACCGAAAAAUCAAUUGAAGAAUAUCGAAAUGAAAUAUUAAUUCAUGUUAAUGAAAAAGAUAAACUUGAAAAAAGUAUUCCAACAUCGAUUGUUAUUGGACCUUAUUUUGUAUUUGCCCAAAAACUACGUGAAGCUUUAUCAAAUAAAAGAAAAGCAUUAAUUGAAGCUUUAUUAUUAAGUCAAACAAAACGAGCUCGAUCAAAAACAGAAGAAUUAAAUGAUACAUUCCGUGAUAUUCAACGAAAAUUAUAUGAAAAACCGAAUAGUGCUGAAGAUUUAUCUGAACAUCGUGAAUGGAUGAAAUCAGUACCAGAACAAGUUGAUGAUAAAAAAGAUGAUAUUCAAAAAAUACUUGAAGAAUUUACAGUACUUGAUGAAUUCUUUUAUAAUUUAAGCAACGAAGAUUUUCAAUUGAAAUAUGGUUUAUUAUCAUGGCCAUGGAAACUUCGAACAAUGCUUGAAGCAGUUGAAGAACAACAUAAAGAAGAUGAAGAUAGAUUUAAAAAAUUACAAGUUCAAGAUACAGCAACACUUAAUGAUAAAAUGGAUCAACUUAUAAUGUCUGUUGCUGGUCUUUCGGGACAUAUGAGCAUGGAUCGAGCACAUGAAGUUGCUAAUGAAUGUCGUAAACUUAAUAAAGCACUUAAAGAAUGUGUCGAAGCAUCACAAACAUAUAAUAAUCGUGAACGUUUACUUGGUUUACCUGUUACAAAUUACGAUAAAUUAAGUAGACUCGUUAAAGAUUUCGAACCAUAUCGUGUUUUAUGGUCAACAACAUCGGAUUGGCUUCGUUCAUAUGAUAGUUGGAUGAAUGAUCCAAUUAUUUCAGUUAAUGCUGAAGAUAUUGAGAAGAAUGUUACUGAAAUGUAUAAAAAUACACAUAAAUCUAUAAAAACCUUUGCCGACAAUGAAGCUAGAUUUAUUAUUCUUGCUCAGAUAUAUGAUCCUGAUAUAUCAGAUCUUCGAGGUAUUCAACAGAUUGCAGUAGCAAUUAAAGGUCAAAUAGAAGAUUUUAAACCUUCAAUUCCAUUAAUACAAGCAUUACGUGCACCUGGUAUGCGUAAUCGACAUUGGGAAGAGCUUUCGGAAUUAGUGAAAAUGGCUGUACGACCAAAGAAAGAAUUAACAUUUGCUAAAUGUUUAGAAAUGGGCUUACAAAAACAUAUAGAAGUUAUAACAAAAGUAGCUGAAAAAGCAGCAAAAGAGUUUUCUAUUGAACAACAACUCGAUAAAAUGGAACAAGAAUGGAAACCAAUUCGAUUCGAAGUUUUACCAUACAAACAAACUGGUACAUAUAUAAUAAAAGCAUCUGAAGAUAUUUCACAAAUGCUUGAUGAUCAUAUUGUUGCAACACAAUCAAUGUCAUUUUCACCAUUUAAAAAAGCAUUCGAAGAACGUAUUGCUUCAUGGGAAAAUAAAUUAAAGAUUACACAAGAAGUUUUAGAUGAAUGGCUUGCUUGCCAACGUUCAUGGCUGUAUCUUGAACCAAUUUUUUCAUCAGAAGAUAUUAUUCGACAAUUACCUGUUGAAUCAAAACGAUAUCAAACAAUGGAACGUAUAUGGCGUAAAGUAAUGAAACAAGCUAAAGAAAAUCCUGAAGUCAUCUCAUUAUGUCCUGAAGCACGUUUACGUGAUAAUUUACGUGAAGCAAAUAAAUUACUUGAACAAGUCCAAAAAGGUUUAAGUGAAUAUUUAGAAACAAAACGUAUGGCAUUUCCACGAUUUUAUUUCUUAUCGGAUGAUGAAUUACUUCAAAUUUUAUCACAAACAAAAGAUCCAAAAGCUGUUCAACCACAUUUAAGAAAAUGUUUCGAAAAUAUUACUAAAGUUAAAUUUGAAGAUGAUAUGCGUAUUUCAAAAAUGUAUUCAGCUGAACAAGAAGAAGUUGCUUUUCGAAAAGAUAUAUAUCCAAUUGGUAAUGUUGAAGAUUGGAUGUGUGAAAUUGAAAAAGUUAUGCGUGAAACUUUACGACAAGUUAUUCGAGAUGCUUUACAAGAUUACGUAACACGACCACGUAAACAAUGGGUUCAACUUUGGCCCGGUCAAAUUGUUGUAGCUGGUUCACAAACAUUUUGGACUACACAAGUAUCCGAAGCCUUGGAAAAAAAAGAAAUUGUUAAAUAUCAUAAACAACAAUUACAUGAAUUAGAUGAACUUCGAGAAUUAGUACGUGGAGAAUUAACUGAUAAUGCACGUGAAACAUUAAAAGCAUUAAUUGUUAUUGAAGUACAUGCACGUGAUGUAGUUAUUAAUCUUAUUGAUGAAAAAGUUAUGAAUGUUAAUGAUUUUGAAUGGAUUUCACAAUUACGUUAUUAUUGGAAUGAAGAUCAUUUAUAUAUUCGUGCUGUCAAUGCUGAAUUUCGAUAUGGUUAUGAAUAUUUAGGUAAUACACCACGAUUGGUUAUAACUCCAUUAACUGAUCGAUGUUAUUUGACAUUAACCGGCGCUUUACAUUUGAAAUUUGGUGGUGCACCAGCUGGACCCGCCGGUACAGGAAAAACAGAAACAACAAAAGAUUUAGCUAAAGCUAUGGCUGUUCAAUGUGUCGUAUUCAAUUGUUCUGAUCAAUUAGAUUUUAUGGCUAUGGCCAAAUUCUUCUGUGGUUUAGCAAGUGCUGGUGCAUGGGCUUGCUUCGAUGAAUUUAAUCGAAUCGAUAUUGAAGUACUUUCGGUAGUAGCUCAACAAAUUCAAGUAAUUAAUCAAGCUCUUAUGCAAAAGGCUGAACGAUUCAUGUUCGAAGGAAAAGAAAUUGUACUUAAAUCAUCUUGUGCUGUUUUCAUUACUAUGAAUCCAGGUUAUGCUGGACGUACUGAAUUACCUGAUAAUCUUAAAGCUUUAUUUCGACCAGUUGCUAUGAUGGUCCCUGAUUACGGUCUUAUUGCUGAAAAUUCACUUUUUUCAUUUGGUUUUUCGGAAGCUAAACCAUUAGCGAAAAAAAUUGUACAAACAUUUAAAUUAUCAUCCGAACAAUUAAGUUCACAAGAUCAUUAUGAUUUUGGUAUGCGUGCUGUCAAAUCAGUUAUUUCAGCAGCUGGUAAUUUAAAACGUCAAUAUUCAACUAUGAAUGAAGACUUAAUCUGUUUACGAGCUAUUCGUGAUGUAAAUAUACCAAAAUUUCUACAAGAUGAUUUAAAACUAUUUACUGGUAUUGUUUCUGAUCUUUUCCCGAAAAUUAAAGAAGAACCAAUUGAUUAUAAAAUACUCGAAGAAGGUUUACGACAUGCAUGUAAACAACUUAAUAUUAAAGAUGUACCGGGAUUCUUACUUAAAUGUAUUCAAUUAUUCGAAACAACAAUUGUUCGACAUGGUCUGAUGCUUGUCGGUCCAACUGGUUCUGGAAAAACGAAAAGUUAUGAAUCUUUAAAAAUUGCGAUGACAUAUAUGAAAGGAAAAAUAAAUCCAGCCGGUACACCAUUCAAACCUGUAUAUACUUAUAUUCUCAAUCCAAAAUCUAUUACUAUGGGUCAACUAUAUGGUGCAUUCGAUGAUUUAACCCAUGAAUGGACUGAUGGUAUAUUAUCAACAUUAAUGCGAGAAGGUGUUGCAGCAGAAAAUGAUGAUAAACGAUGGUAUCUAUUUGAUGGACCUGUUGAUGCUGUAUGGAUUGAAAAUAUGAAUACAGUAUUAGAUGAUAAUAAAAAAUUAUGUUUGAGUAGUGGUGAAAUUAUAAAAAUGACUGAAGCAAUGACAAUGAUGUUCGAAGUUGCUGAUUUAUCUCAAGCUUCACCAGCUACUGUAUCACGUUGUGGUAUGGUUUAUUUAGAACCUUCUAUUCUUGGUCUUCAACCAUUUGUUGAAUGUUGGGUUAAAAAAUUACCUGAUCCAAUAUUUAAACAUUAUGAAGCAAUUAAUCAAUUGUUUAAUAAUUACCUUGAACCAUCAUUAAAAUUUAUUCGUAAAAAUGUUAAAGAAAUUAUUCCAACCUAUGAUAGUAAUUUAACGUUUAGUUUAAUUAAAAUGUUUGAUUGUUUCAUACAACCAUUUCGACCAAGAGAAUCAGAUAAACCAGCGGCACCUGAAGCUGCUGAACGUGUUGGUGAUUUAAUUGAACCAUGGUUUAUCUUUUCACUUAUUUGGUCUGUUGGCGCUUCAUGUGAUAAUGAUUCACGAAGAAAAUUUUCAGAAUGGUUACGACAAAAAUUGGAACAUGAUCCGAUUAAACUUGCCAUACCUGCUGCAGGACUUGUUUAUGAUUAUGUUUUUGAUGAUGGCGGUAUUGUCACUCCAAGUGAAGAACAAAAAGCAAAUGAAGAAGAAGGUGGUGAUGAUAGUAAAAAACGACAACCACGUUGGAAACAUUGGUUAGCUGAUUUACCACCAUUUCAAAUUUCACAUGAUGCAAAAUUUUCGGAUAUACUUGUACCAACUAUUGAUAAUAUUCGUAAUGCACAUGUUAUUGAAAUGCUUCUUCGAAUGGAUAGACCAGUUUUAUGUGUUGGUCCAACAGGAACAAGCAAAACAUUAACUGUUGCUGAUAAACUUAUGCGUUCAAUGCCAAAAGAAUUUAGUCCAGAAUUUAUUGUGUUUUCAGCAAAAACAAAUGCGAAUCAAACUCAAGAUUUAAUCGAUUCCAAAUUAGAUAAAAGACGUCGUGGUAUUUAUGGCCCACCACUUGGCAAAGUAUUUCUAUUUUUUAUUGAUGAUUUAAAUAUGCCAGCAUUAGAAACAUAUGGUGCUCAACCACCUAUUGAAUUAAUUCGACAAUUUAUGGAUUUUAAAGGUUGGUAUGAUCGAAAAGUUGUUGGUGAAUUUCGUACAUUAGUUGAUAUUAACUUUAUUGGUGCUAUGGGUCCACCAGGUGGUGGUCGUAAUCCAGUUACACCACGUUUAACACGUCAUUUUAAUUUUAUUUCAUUUACUGAACUUGAAAAUGACAGUAUGAAAAAAAUCUUUUCAACAAUAUUUAAUUGGUGGACAAGACAAAAUGAAUUUGUAUUAAAUCUUAGUGAUAAACUAAUUAUGUCAUCAAUUGAAGUUUAUAAAACAAUUUGUGCAUCAUUAUUACCAACACCAAGCAAAUCACAUUAUACAUUUAAUCUUCGAGAUUUAUCAAAAGUUUUUCAAGGAAUGUUAAUGAUGGAAGCAAAACGAAUUGAUAAUGUCGAAGGUCUUCUUCGUUUAUGGUAUCAUGAAAAUUGUCGUGUAUUUCAAGAUCGUCUAAUCAAUGAUGAAGAUCGAGAUUGGUUUCGUAAAUUACUUGGUGAUCGUAUGAAAGCAGAUUUUAAUAUGAAUUUUGAAAGUGUUGUACAAGAACCAGUACUCUAUGGUGAUUUUGUUGCUUCAUCGGCUGAUAAAUCUUAUCAAGAAAUCGAUGAUGUUAAAUUAAUGAAAAAACGUUUAGAUGAAUAUUUAGAAGAAUAUAAUCAAGUUAAUACUACAAAAAUGAAUUUAGUAUUAUUUUUGGAUGCAAUGAAACAUCUUUCAAGAAUUAUACGUGUUAUUAAACAACCACUUGGUAAUUCAUUAUUAUUAGGUGUUGGUGGUUCUGGUCGACAAUCACUUACUCGAUUAGCUGCAUUCAUUUCGGAAUAUGAACUUCGUUCGAUUCAAUUAUCGAAAAGUUAUGGUAUGAGUGAAUGGAAAGAAGAUUUAAGAAAAUUUAUGCUUCAUGCUGGCCUUCGUAAUACACCAACUGUCUUUCUUUUUUCGGAUACUCAAAUUAAAAGUGAAUCAUUUCUUGAAGAUUUGAAUAAUAUAUUGAAUAGUGGUGAUGUACCAAAUAUAUAUGCAAUUGAUGAACUUGAACAAAUCUAUACACUUAUGAAACCUGUUGUAUCAGAAGCUGGUUUACCACCAACAAAAACGAAUCUUUAUUCAGCUUAUACAAAACGUGUACGACAAAAUUUACAUACAGUUGUUUGUAUGAGUCCAAUUGGUGAAGUUUUUCGUGCACGACUUCGUCAAUUUCCAGCAUUAGUCAAUUGCUGUACAAUUGAUUGGUAUUCUGAAUGGCCUAAAGAUGCUUUGGAAGCUGUAUCUGAAACUUAUUUAAAUAAUAUGAUAACAUUAGAUGCUGAUGCUAAAGUUGUUCAAGGUCUUGUUAAAUUAUGUCAAGAAAUCCAUCAAUCAGCAGCUGUAAUGACAAUAAAAUAUCGUGAUGAAAUGAGUCGACAUAAUUAUGUAACACCCACAUCAUAUCUUGAAUUAUUAAAUAUAUUUUCAAAAAUAUUUGGCAAGAAAAAAGAUGAAUUAGUCUUUGCUAAAAAACGUACAAAAACUGGUUUAGAUAAAUUAUUAUCAACUGAAAAAGAUGUUGCUAAAUUACGUGUUGAAUUAAAUGAAAUGUUACCAUUACUUGAUCAAGCUGUACAAGAAACCAAUGAAACAAUGGCUAAAAUAGCUGAAGAUACAGCAAGUACAGAAGUCAUUAAAACAAAAGUUGCAGCUGAAGAAGAAGAAGUUCAAGUUAAAGUUCGAGAAACACGUGCUAUUGCAAGUGAAGCAUCGGAACGUCUUGCUGAAGCUUUGCCUGCACUUGAAGCUGCAUUACAAAGUUUAGAAGUUUUAUCUAAAAAUGAUAUUAAUGAAGUACGUGCAUUACAACGUCCACCACAAGGUGUUAAAUUAACAAUGGAAGCUGUUUCGAUAUUAAAACAAGUUGAACCAAAUAAAGUAACUGUACCUGGUAAAAAUAAAAAAGAAGAUGAUUAUUGGGAACCUGGCCGUGCUUUAUUAGCUGAUGCAGGAAAAUUUCUUCAAUCAUUAAGAGAUUUUGAUAAAGAAAAUAUUCCAGAAAUUGUUAUACAAAAAUUACAAAAACAUAUUGAUAGUCCAGAUUUUGAUCCAAUUAAAAUUGAGAAAACUUCUAAAGCAUGUAAAUCAUUAUGUAUGUGGUGUCGAGCAAUGUAUUCAUUUUAUAUGAUUAAUAAAGAAGUUGCACCACGUAAAGAAGCAUUAGCAAAUGCUGAAGCUGAAUUAGCUGUUGUUAAAGAAGUAUUAGCAACGAAAAAACGUGAAUUAAAACGAUUAGAAGAAGGUUUAAGAACAUUACAAGUUAAAUAUGAAGAUGCUGUUCGAAAGAAAACAGAUUAUGAAACAAAAGUUGAAGAAUGUAAUCAACGAAUUGUUCGAGCAGAACGUUUAACAACUGGUCUUGGAGAUGAAAAAAUUCGUUGGCAAGAAAAUGUUUUAAUGUUAGAUCAUGCAUUAGUAAAUGUUAUUGGUGAUGUACUUGUAUGUUCGGGAUUUAUUGCAUAUCUUGGUCCAUUUACUGCGGAAUAUCGUGAUAAUAUGGUUAAAGAAUGGAUAACGAAAUUAAAAGCAUACAAUGUUCCACAUUCGGAUAACCCUGAAUUAGUUCGAGUUCUUGGUGAUGCAGUUAAAAUUCGUAGUUGGCAAUUAGCUGGUUUACCUAAAGAUAAUUUAUCUGUACAAAAUGGUGUUAUUGUACAAUAUUCAAAUCGUUGGCCAUUAUUUAUUGAUCCACAAGGACAAGCUAAUAAAUGGAUUAAAAAUAUGGAAAAAAAUACUGGUCUUGAUGUUAUGAAAUUAUCUGAUCGUGAUUAUUUACGUACACUGGAAAAUUCUAUUCGAUUCGGUAAACCUUGUCUAUUAGAAAAUGUUGGCACUGAAAUCGAUCCUGCACUUGAACCUGUUCUUUUAAGACAAACAUUUCGUCAAUCUGGUAGUACAGUGAUAAAAUUAGGUGAUGCUGUUAUUCCAUAUCAUGAUGAUUUUCGUUUUUAUAUAACAACUAAAUUACCUAAUCCACAUUAUACACCUGAAAUAUCUGUUAAAGUAACAUUAGUUAAUUUUACAUUAUCACCUAGUGGUUUGGAAGAUCAAAUGUUAGCUCGUGUUGUUGCUGAAGAACGUCCUGAUUUAGAAGAAAUGAAAAACACAUUGAUUAUAUCAAAUGCAACAAUGCGUAAUGAAUUAAAAGCAUUAGAAGAUACAAUUUUAGAAAAAUUAAGUACUAGUGAAAAUCCAGUUGAUGAUAUUGAAUUGAUUAAUGCAUUAGAAGCAUCAAAAGCUAAAUCAACGGAAAUAAAAACAAAAAUGCAAGCAGCGGAACAAACAGAAAAAGAUAUUGAUUUGACUCGUGCUGAAUAUGUUCCUGUAGCUGUUAAUACACAGAUCUUAUUUUUCUGUGUAUCUGAUUUAGCAAAUGUUGAUCCUAUGUAUCAAUAUUCAUUAGAAUGGUUUACAAAUAUAUUUUUAUCAAGUAUUCAAAGUGCACCACGUGCAGAUAAUUUGGAACAACGUAUUAAAAAUAUCAAUGAAUUUUUUACAUUUAGUCUUUAUUGUAAUGUUUGCCGAAGUUUAUUUGAAAAACAUAAAUUAUUAUUUGCAUUCUUACUUACUGUACGAGUACUCAUGCAUCAAAAGAAAGUACAUUUGGUAAGUUAUAAUUAUUUUAUAUAA